UAGGAAACAUUGCGUUCGAUGUGAUUUGUGUUGAGAUUGGGCAUUAGCGAAGGCAAUCUUUUUACAUAAGCCGAUCGAAGGCAAUCAAAAAUAUUUUCAUGUUGAAUUUUUCAUGAAACCGAAGUUGUAAUUAAAAAAGUAAUUAAUUGUUCAGAAUAAAUUCAAAAGUUAAAGAAUAAGUGCGUGAAAUUUCAUAAUGGAUUUGUCAACUGAUAUUUGGGGUCAACUGGCUGUGGAGGCGUCACAGGUGUACCUUUCCGAUGGCACUGUGCGCUCACCCUUCGCUGAUACGACGAUCGAGAAAUUGCCCGACAAAGUGAUACUACACAUCUUCUCUUAUCUGUCGCAUCGCGAGAUUUGUCGUCUGGCGCGCAUCUGUCGACGUUGGCGUCAAAUUGCCUACGAUACACGUCUGUGGAAGAAUGUCUCUCUGCGUCCGGAGGUCUCUGGUUUGCACGUGGGCUCACUGGAGUCACUGCUUGCGUUGAUUUCGGUGCGUUUUGGUCCAACGCUGCGUUACAUUGAGCUACCGAUCGAGCUGAUCACACACACGGUGCUGCAUGAGCUCUCAGCCAAGUGUCCCAAUCUCACACAUAUGUUGUUGGAUUUCUCCACAGCCAUGCAGUUGCACGAUUUCAGCGAGAUGCAAGCUUUCCCCACCAAGUUGCGUUACAUGUGCAUUUGCCUGUCGGAAGUGAUCUUUAUGGAGGGUUUCAUGCGUAAGAUCUACAAUUUCAUUAACGGUCUGGAGGUAUUGCACCUUAUUGGCACCUAUGAGAAGUGCGAAGAGGAGGAAGAGGAAAUUUACGAGGUCAUCAAUGUGCAUAAACUCAAGUCGGCAACACCGAAUUUACGUGUGAUCAAUUUGUAUGGCAUCAAUUUUAUUGACGAUUCGCAUAUCGAUGCCUUCAGCUCGAACUGUAUUCAGUUGGAGUGUUUGGCUGUGAAUUUUUGUAAUAAGGUGACUGGCAGCACUUUAAAGACAUUGAUACAGCGUUCGAAGCGCUUGAAUUGCUUGCUCAUGAACGGCACCAGUCUGAAGUCGGAGUAUGUGAUGCAGGUCGAGUGGGACAAAUGCGCUUUGCAGGAGUUGGAUAUUACUGCAACUGAUUUAACCACUGAAUGUUUGAUUGAUCUUUUGACUAGAAUACCAAAUUUGAAGUUUUUGUCGGCGGGUCAAAUUAAUGGUUUCAACGAUAGCGUACUAAAGCAGUGGAUGGAGUCGGGUUUGACGCGAUCACUUAUUUCUUUGGACUUGGAUUCUUCGGACAACAUUUCCGAUGAAGCGUUGCAGAAGUUCCUAACACGUCACGGCGCACAAUUGGUGGCCUGCAGCCUCUCUGGCAUGCCACACAUUACCGACCAACUGUGGAUGGCCAUACUACCAGUGCUAAGCAAUGCAAAAAUUAUUGUGAUGGGCACAGCGGAGAAGCUUGGUGUCAACAUACACGUCGAUCAAUUGAUGGACACCAUCGCAUCGAGCUGCGGCAACUUGGAACGUUUGGAACUGAGAUGGGACCCCGAUAAUUUGCGUUUCUCGGACAAGAGUCAAAAGGCCAUCGAUAUAUUGCGCGUCAAGUGCCUUAAGCUGCGCUGCAUGGUAUUGAGUGACGGACGCUACUAUGAAACGGUGAAGGCGAAUUUCGAGCGCGCCGAUCGUGUGACCGUUGUACGCACGACAACUUGCUGCCGCGUCUCACCUUACCAUUUGCUACGCAAUUACAACGAAUUGAUUUUCAAUUGAGGAAGUAAUAUUGUUGCUGUUUUUUUUUUAGCUCUCUCUAGUCAUGUUUUGUGUACAUUAAUCGCUUAAGUUGUCCGUAGCAAAUUAGAAAUUUGAUUUUGUGGCUUGGUAUUUGUAUGUAAGCAGCUCAAGACAUUUGAUAUUUUCUGUUUCGGAAAUUUUGUAAAUACAACAACAGCCAAGCGUGGUCAAAAUUAUCAAUGAGAUGGUCAUAACGCCCGUUUGUAAAAAUAAACCAGCUAUUUGCGCAAAUAAUGAAAAACUGAA